AUGCUGAGACUCUGUGUCCUGCAUCUCCUGAAUCAGCUUCAGCAUCUCCAUCACUCUGAGCUUCAUCAGCGCUGCGUGAUCCUGAUUAACGGUGGAAUUACAGCAUGGCUGAGGCCGAGGGGCUCUGCUCCUGCUCUUCUGGGUAAGACCCGCCGGGCGCGGUUAGAGCGGCGGGCUGGGGCGGUGCGGGGAGCGGGGAUCACACGGCUGCACUGCCGCAGCACCGGAAGGGAUGUGAGAGCCUCGUGUUGUAGCUGACUCUGUGUGGACACGACCGCCACCGUGGAAGAAAACAGCAGCUCAUGGCGCCAGGCCUACACAAACUCGGGCUACAGCUCCUCUCCGGCAUCACCCGAACACUUGUGCAAGGCCUGCGGGGGCCAGUUUGACACAGAGAGGAGGAAUGUGUGUGUGGACUGCAGGAAGCAGUUCUGCGGCCGCUGCUGGGUGCGGCCGGAACUCGUGCUGUGCCACACCUGCCAGCGCUUCCACGGCACGCAGUUCGAGCGCAGCGAGCUGAUGCGGCUGAAGGUGAAGGAGCUGCGUGACUAUCUGCACCUGCACGAGAUCCCCACGCAGACAUGCCGCGAGAAGGAGGAGCUGGUGGAGCUGGUUUUGGGGCAGCAUCCUCCCAGCAGCAGCAGCAGCAGCAGCAGCAGCAACUCCGUCCCCCACCCGGCAGCUCCGGACACGCCCCAACUCCCCACGCCUCCGCCCCAACCAGCCGAGGAACCUGAGCAGCUCACAGAGGAGGAGGAGGGUGAAGAUGAGGAUGAGGAUGAAGAGGAAGAGGAUGAUGAUGAUGAGUCCACAGACAGUGAGGAGACGCUGGUGCACAGCCGCAGAGCCUCGCUGUCUGACCUCAGCAGCGUGCAGGACAUCGAGGGGCUCAGCGUACGGCAGCUAAAGGAAAUCCUGGCGCGGAACUUUGUGAACUUUAAGGGCUGCUGUGAGAAGUGGGAGCUGAUGGAGAGGGUCACUCGGCUUUUUAAUGACCAGAAAGAUCUGCACAACCUGGUUUCAAAUACUACAACAGAAACAGGAACAGCGGAGCCGGCUGAGCCCAGCGGGCAGGAGGAGAACCUGUGUAAGAUCUGCAUGGACUCGCCUAUCGACUGUGUGCUGCUGGAGUGCGGCCACAUGGUCACUUGCAGCAAAUGCGGCAAGCGCAUGAGUGAGUGUCCCAUUUGCAGACAGUACGUGGUGCGCGCCGUGCACGUCUUCAGGUCCUGAUGAAGAGCCACGCAGAACUGGAACACCUGCUGGCAGCACACGCACUCCUCUACUGACGUACGGCGCGGAAUCCCUGAGGGUUGUGAGGGUUGGGUCUCUGUCGGGUUUGAUUGCGCUUCAUUUUGGUUUCUGCAGAGAACUUUUGUUGAUGUUGUUGUUUUUGUUGUCUCAUUUACUCCAGAGAGUCUUCUCUUUUACCAGUGAAGCAGCAUUCUGGAACGGGGGAGGGUCAAUGCGGUGUCAAUGUCGAAUUAGAAUCAUUACAGUUGUUGAUUUUCUGUCAUGCAAAACCUUGUAUCUCCAAAAUGGCAGCUUUAAAAUAGGAAGAAACACAUUUAUUGUACAUUUUCAGUGGAAAUCCAUGUAAAAAAAAAAAAUUCAAAGUUUGUGAACCCUUUAGAAUUUUCUAUAUUUCUGCAUAAAUAUGAUCUAAAACAUCAUCAGAUUUUCACACGUCAUAAAAGGAGAUAAAAAUAAUCUAAUUAAACAAGUGACACAAAAAUAUCAUACUUGAUAAUUAAUUGAUUGAGAAAAAACGAUCCAGUAUUACAUGUAAUAAUUGUGAGUGGCACAAGUAUGUGAACCUCUAGGAUUUGCAGCUAGUUUAAAUACUGAGCUCUUCAAAGAGCACUUACUCUCCUAACACCUCUAAAGACUCUGUCCCACUGCGAUUGCGUCUAAAUAUCCACUAAAGUACGUCCAAAUUUAUCAGAAAACACUGCGUCCACUGAGUGAACGCGCUGCGUCCAAAAUAUAGACGCACUGCGUCCAAAUUACGUCCAUAUUCCGUCUAAAUUGAAGUUGGACGCCGACUUCCAAAUUUGUACGUCGACUUCCACUUUUUGGACGUCGACUUCCACUUUUUGGACGUCGACUUCCAACUAUAUAUGGUUGUUUUUUCUAGUGAAUCAUCAUUUCUUCUUGAGCUACAAGAGAGAGCACAUCUAUUCUCUUCUACACAACCAUGGACCACAGAUUCCUUGCAGUGAUGGUGCAGCAGCAGAACAUACUCCUCCAUGUGCUGGACCAGACCGGGAGGAUCCGGGAGGACCGUCCAAAUAUCCACUAAAAUACGUCCGUACUGCGUCUAAAUAUCCACUAAAUUCCGUCCAUAUUAGUCGCCGUCUAUUCCGAAAAUUUUGGGAGGUACCAAAACCACUUUUGCGUCUAAAGUGGACGGCAAUGUCUAAACUACGUCCACUUGGACGGUGCCGUCCAAAUAUCCACUAAACUACGUCCAUAUUGCGUCUAAAUAUCCACUAAACUGCGUCCACUGAAAUUUGGACGUACUUGAGUGGAUAUUUAGACGCAAUCGCAGUGGGACAGGGCCUUAACAAACCAACUACUUCUAACCGCAUUUCCUUCUUCCCCUCCUUCACUCCUCUAUCCCAUUAUUUCCCUUUGACCUCCUUUAGGUCCUAUAUAAAGAUGUUUUUUACCUUUAACUUCUAUUACUUGUGUACUUCACUAUUGUCUGAUAGUGAAGCGUCUGCCAAAUGUAAUGAAAUGUAGUUUAAAGAUUUUCUGGAAAUCGCCUCUUUCACAUUGGCUAAAGUUGAUGUUUAUGAGUCCACCAUCAGGAGAGCACUGAACAGCAAUUGCGUAUGUGUUAGGGUUGCAAGAAGAAAGCCACUGCUCUCCAAAAAGAACAUCGCUAAAGAUUGACAAGCCAGAAAGCUAUGAAAGCUCAGAAUUUAGUCUUGUUUUGCUGCGUCUGGGCGAGCUGUUCUCCCAAAAAAUGGUUCAAGAGAAAUAUAUAAAUAUUAAAUAUAUAUUAAAUCAUAUAAAUGUUUUGGUAUGACCAAGUCAUUUUGGAGCAUUUCUAUUAGUUUAUUCCUCCUUUGAUUUAUGAAACAAAUCAAAUGCCAGAUUCAAAAUCAGAUGUACUGCAAGAUAUAUACUACCUACUGAUUUUAUUAGUGCACGUUUGACAAGAUAGUAUAUAAUAUAUUAAGAUACUAACCAAAAAAAAUGCCAACAUACAUAGCUCAAAGUCAAUGUAAAAAGGUUGUAUUACGAGUAAUUUUGGAACAUUUCUAUUGGUUGAUUAAUUCUGUAUUUAAGAUCCAGAGUCUUAAAAAAGGUCAAAAUCUUUAAAAAUGGAGAUACAAGGUUUUUCUGUUCUGCAUGACAGGUGCUAUUUGUUGUUGUGAUCACUGUCGACUAUGUGGUAGCUUGUUGUAGUUUGACAUUAACGAGUAAAGUACAGGGUAAGGAUAUACUGAGUUUGAUAACUGCAUAUAUAUAUAUA